UCGAUCAUUAGAAUCCAGCUCAUGUUUUAGUUUUGCUCGGUGUUUUAGUGUUGAGGGGGGGGGGCUCUUAAACUAGUGUCUGGUUAAAUAAAGACUAGCUCAGCCAUGUGGAUGCGUCUGUUGAACAGCUGAAGGGUGCUCCAGCCUACGGAGAAACGGAACGUGUAAUGUGUGCAUAUGAAAGGGGAGCGAGGAGGAGGAGGGAGAGUGUGUGUGGAAAAAGGAAGCAGAGUCUGUGAACGAACGGAGAACUCACUGAUUCCCUGGAACCGGAGCACUCGAUACAAACAAUAUACUUUUUUUUUUCAUACGCAAGAUAUCAAGAAGCUACACCACCGCGAAAAAAACCCAGGGAAAACGGAGGCAACCGUGUGUUUUCGGGAACGGAUGCCUCGGACAUUAUUACGUGAUUACACGAGCAAAAGUGAGCCCAGGCAGGGCCGUCUUUUGUUGAGGCAAGUGGUCGUUCGCCUGUGUAGCAGGCAGGCAGCUGAAGGGUAAAGUGACUGCCUGAUUAUUGUUUCAAGCCUCUGGUUUCUUGGAUCUGGCCCAGGACACGGGGUUUUAUUCGACGGGGUCAUCCUUGGUGAGGAUUGAAGUAGUUUGUGGCGGUUACUUUGGAACUGAACAGUCGUCAGACUGGCGGCUUUUCCUGAAACACUGGGGUUGUUGGUGUGGCUGAAUUUUCCCUGGAUUUGAUUGGUCAAUUCAGAAGACUGAAGCCCAGGCUGACAGUCUACCUUUCACGGAGGCCCAGCCGUGAGAGGACUGAGGAAGGCACGUGGCGAAUCAUGACCGCAGACAAAGACAAGCCAGACAGGGAGAAGGACAGGGACAGAGACCGAGACAGGGAGAGGGACAGAGAGCGGGACAGAGACCGGGACAAGAGGGACAAAGCAUCCAGGGAGAGCGAGAGCUCACGACCACGCCGUAGCUGCACGCUGGAGGGCGGAGCUAAGAACUACGCGGAGAGCGAAGACGAGGAUAACGAGAACAGGGGAGGGGCCGGGGCAGUAGGCGGGAUCAACAUGGGGAUGGGGGAGGAGUCAGGGAAGAAGGGAAAGAAGAAGAUGAUCAAGAAGAAGUCGAGGUAUGAACGGAUGGAGAACGGAGAGAUCACUUCCUUCAUUACGGAAGACGACGUUGUUUACAGACCUGGCGAUUGUGUAUAUAUGGAGAGCCGCAGGCCCAACACUCCCUACUUCAUAUGUAGCAUUCAGGAUUUUAAACUGAGUAAGCGAGACCAUCUGUUACUCAGUGUUAAAUGGUACUACCGUCAGUCAGAGGUCCCAGACUCAGUCUACCAACACCUGGUGCAGGAUCGCAACAAUGAUAACGAUUCUGGCCGGGAGCUGGUCAUUACAGACCCAGUGGUCAAGAGCAGAGAACUCUUCAUCUCAGACUAUGUGGACACAUACCAUGCUGCUGCCCUCAGGGGGAAGUGUAACAUUGCCCAUUUCUCCGACAUCUUUGCUGCCAGGGAGUUCAAAGCUCGCAUCGACUCCUUUUUCUACAUCCUGGGAUACAACCCAGAGACCAGGUAAGACUGUCUCUGACUAUUGGUUCUGAUACAACCCAGAGACCAGUUAAGACUGUUUUUGACUAUUGGUUCUGAUCCAACCCAGAGACCAGUUAAGACCGUCUCUGACUAUUGGUUCUGAUCCAACCCAGAG